AUGUUGACAGCCCUGAUUAUCUGUGCCCUACUCACGGGGACUAACGCUGACAUCGAUAAUGUGUUGAGGGGCGUGAGGAGACAAAAAUACUUGGAAUAUGUCCUAGUAGAUUUGGUAAACGGCAUAGAGCGCUACAAAGAUAUCACGUGUGUAGCCGUUAUUUGCGACUCCGUAUACUUGAACGUGUUCGAGGGAGAAUUCUUUAAGAAAACGUUUACCGUCCCAUUUGUCAUAAUCGUUGUAGCUGAGAAUGAAGACCUCUUAUCGCCGAACUUUUACACUUUAGAAACGUUGCGACAAGCGAAGAAAGACGGAUGUAGCGCUUAUAUAAUAAUUCUUGCGAAUGGAAUACAAGCUUCCAGAUUACUAAUAUUUGGCGAUCGGUACAGACUUUUGAACAGCAGGGCGAGGUAUGUAAUGCUGCACGACGUCAGGUUGUUCAAAAGCAAAUUGCAUUAUCUGUGGAAGCGCAUAGUGAACGUCGCCUUUCUGAGGCAUAACGAGAAAGACCGCGAAAAUGUAACUUGGUUUGACAUCUCGACUGUUCCCUUUCCCAACCCAAUCGGGGAUGUGCUGAUAACGCGUAGGAUCGAUGUGUGGCGGAAAGGGAAAUUCUAUUACAACAGGGAAGUAUUUGCGGAUAAAACAAAAAGUCUGAAUGGAAAAACACUGAAUGUCGUGUACUUGGAUCAUGUUCCGUCGGUGGUGGUGACUAACUCGAACGACUCGACAAAAGUCGGAGGCGUCGAAAUAGAGAUCCUGAACACAAUAGCCUCAAAAAUGAAUUUCAAACCAAAGCUGUACGAGCCAAUUAAUGCGAAAUUUGCUAAGUGGGGGGAGAAGCAACCAAAUGGCUCUUUUUCUGGCCUUCUAGGCGAAAUGGUUUCAGGGAAAGCUGAUAUUGCGUGCUGGACUUUCUUGACACCUGAAGCGAUGACGGACAACUCUUGGAAGACGCUGAUUUUGCCCUUUAAAAUUGAAAUAGCUAAUGCCAAUUCCAAACAAGGAGACCAGAAGAAAAAUAACUGGGAAACGAGAAUGGCCGGCUUGUAUUUGUUCGGCGAAAUAACGAACAGCAUUCUCUAUACGUACGGCAUGUUGCUAGUCGUGUCCCUGCCGCGGCUACCUUCCGGGUGGUCGAUUAGAUUGUUAACCGGUUGGUACUGGCUGUACUGCAUACUGCUAGUCGUGGCGUACAGGGCUAGUAUGACCGCGAUCCUGGCCAACCCAACGCCAAGGGUCACUAUAGACACUUUGAAAGAACUCACCGACAGCAAGAUCAAAUGCGGCGGCUGGGGUACCGAUACAAAGCGAUUCUUCGGGGAGUCGCUCGACGAUUUGGGCCUCAAAAUCGGCCAAAGAUUCGAGGUUGUCAGCGACCCCCAAGAGGCCGUUAGACGCGUCGCCCGCGGCGACCUCGCUUAUUACUACAACAGAGACUUCUUGAAGUAUCUUAGUGUAAAACGGCAAAGUGCUCACAAUACGAGCACAUACGAUACCACGAUUAACGGCACAGAGACGGCGUGCGCUGGAGUGGAGAGGAAUCUGCACAUCAUGUCGGAUUGCGUUGUCAACAUUCCGAUUUCGAUCGGCUUCCACAAGAACUCUCCGCUGAAACCCUUAGCCGAUGUUUACCUGAGGCGCGUCGUAGAAGUGGGUCUUGUUGAAAAAUGGCUGAAUGACGUCAUGUACCGUAUAAAGUCGUUAGAGAGGAAUGACGAGGAAACAAAGGCAUUGAUGAACUUGAAGAAAUUGCACGGGGCCUUCAUAGCAUUGGGUGUUGGCAUCAAAUGGUGGCAGCCCUACCAGAAGCUCAUAGCACAACACACCAAGACUCCAAAUAUCAACGGCAUAACUGUGUGGUUUCCCUUCUAUCAUCUCAGAAAUUUAAUAAUUCAUGAUUCAAGUUCUCAAGAACAAUUAACAAUGUCGGAUGAUGCUGAGCAGCAAGCUGAAGAAAUUGAAGUACUAAAGUCAAUUUAUGAAGGGGAUGAAAAUUUUAAGCAAAUAGAUGCUACUACCUAUCAAUACAAGUACAUAGAAGGUGAAAAGUCAUUUGUAUUAGAAAUAAAAUGGGGACCCUCAUAUCCAACUGAAAAACCCAAAUGUAACUUAGAAAUCUUUUACAAUCAACAUUUAUUACCAACUGUAAAGGAAAAAAUCCUGGCAAUACUGGACACUGAAGCGGAGCAAUGGGUUGGUUGCGCGAUGACGUACACGUUGUUCGAGUGCCUGAAGGAGAAGGUCGCCGAGAUAUUGACGGAGCAAGCCGCUGAGGCGGUGGUGGCCAGGGUGGAGAAGAUAACUGUCGACGAUCAGUCGGAGGCGGCCAGGAAGCCGGAGAAGAGGGAGCAGCUGACGAAGGCGCAGAAGAGGCGCGCGUGGGACCGCGCCGAGAUCGGCCGCGCCGGCGAGAAGCCCCGCGGCUGGGACUGGGUGGACAUCGUGAAGCACCUCUCGCAGGCGCCGCACCAGCCCGCCUCG